AUCUGGGCCGAAACCGUAAAUCGUAAGAUAAUACUAUUGGUCAUGAGUCUUUAUAUUAUCACUCAUUAUUAAUUUUGAAUAAAAAAGCUAUCGAACUAUUUUUAAUUUUUUCGAAUGAUCUCAUUAAUGGAAAAUAAAGAAUCUGUCGAUGCAGAUCAGUCUAUUUUAAAUAAGCCAAAUUCAGAUCGUCGUUUAGAGCUUUUAGAUUGGUAUUGUGAUUUUUGGGAGCAGAAUGCUGGGUUUGAGUUUGAACCAUCGAUGAAAAAUGAUUUUUCGGCUUUAGAAGAAUUUCGAAAAAACGUAAAAGAAAAAUUAAAAAAUGUUAAAGAAGAGGAAUCGAAAAGCCAACUGAAUUCUGCCACAAAAUUAAGUUCUGAUCAAAAUAUUGGUAUUAAACAAGAAAAUGGAAAAACUGUUGCUAAAACCCCGGCGUCAUCCACAUCGAAUUCAUCAUUUGCCUUUGACGAAGAAGAAGACACUCCAAAGCUAAAGAUAAAAGCACCCCUUCCAAGAGUAAAUCAGCCUAGGGUUGCAAGACUGGAUGAAAUAAUGAAUAAGAAUAAAAAAAAUACGAAGAAAAGAUUAACCAGUUCCCCCGCCGUUAGUACAACCCCUAAAAUAGCUAGAAACCCAACAACAGCAACAACUACUACAUCUGACCCUUAUACCGAAGAUUUCUGA